CGAAGCUGGUUCGUUCAUUGGUGCGGCAUCUGCCCGGUUGCCGCGCGCAUGCAGCAAUGGCUAUGGAACUGUUGGCCCCAAUGCGAUUGUAUACGCUGUCCAAACGGCACUUUGUCUUGGUCUUUGUCGUGUUCUUCCUUUGUUUUGGUUUAACUCUCUUAAUAGGCAUUGCAGGUCCCAGAGUCAUUGAUUCCACUCCAUAUGCACCUCCAUUGAGCAAUGGUCCCGAGGUAAAGAUAUUUAAUUUGAGUUCGCCGUCAUUAUCUACUUACAAUCAACAGUUGUGGCUAACAUGUAUAAUACAGAUGGAUCGAGAUGGUGAGAAUAACUUUAAAGGUGUGACAGUGAACUUUAAUAUGUUGGUUAGAAUAAAUGGUGUAAUAGAGAAUGCAAGCAUUAAAUACUUCAACAAAGAAGUUCACAACCGGACAAGAACUCUCAACUGUGCACAACAAUGUGCUGAAAUUAUUGUGGUUCAUCUUGGCUACCUGAACUAUACUCGCUAUGAUGUCACUGUUACCUUUGGCAACCUUUCUUCGAUCUAUCACAUCAAGAACUUCAUAUGGAAAACCUACAACCCAACUUUCUCACAAGUGGAGAUCUGGUUCCGAUUUGUCUUUGUAGUUCUCACGUUCAUAGUCACAUGUCUCUUUGCACAUUCCCUGAGGAAGUUCUCUAUGAGAGAUUGGGGAAUAGAGCAGAAGUGGAUGUCUAUCCUCCUUCCUUUGCUAUUACUUUAUAAUGAUCCAUUUUUCCCUCUCUCCUUCCUAAUUAACAGUUGGUUCCCUGGAAUGUUAGACGAUCUCUUCCAGUCGUUGUUCUUGUGUGCAUUGCUGCUGUUCUGGCUCUGUGUCUACCAUGGGAUCCGAGUGCAGGGAGAAAGGAGGUGCUUAACGUUUUAUUUUCCAAAGGUUUUUAUUGUUGGUCUUCUAUGGUUGGCUUCUGUUACAUUAGGAAUAUGGCAGACUGUCAAUGAACUCCAUGACCCAACAUACCAGUAUGGGAUCGAUGCAAGUCAUUUUCAGGGAAUGAAAAUCUUUUUCCUUGUGGUGGCAACUGUGUACAUUUUGUACCUCAUGUUUCUAAUAAUCAGGGCAUGCUCUGAACUUCGUAACAUGCCUUAUGUUGAUCUCAGGCUAAAAUUCUUGACUGCAUUGACAUUUGUGGUGCUUAUAAUUAGCAUUGCUAUACUGUAUCUGCGAUUUGGAGCACAAGUUUUACAGGACAAUCUUGUGGCUGAACUUUCAACUCAUUAUCAUAACUCUGCAGAGUUCUUGUCAUUCUAUGGCUUAUUGAACUUUUAUCUCUACACAUUAGCCUUUGUGUAUUCACCAUCAAAAAAUGCACUGUAUGAAUCUCAGUUGAAAGACAAUCCUGCCUUUUCCAUGCUGAAUGACUCAGACGAUGAUGUGAUUUAUGGGAGUGACUAUGAGGAAAUGCCACUUCAGAAUGGCCAAGCCAUCAGAGCAAAAUUCAAGGAAGAAUCGGACAGUGAUUAAGUAUGUGUAUUGCACAUUAAGUGUAAUAUAAGAACAGAGCAGUUGUGACUU